AUGAGUACUACUUUCAAAAAGAUUAAGCUGAUGUUUAAGAGGAAUGAUAGACAAUACCUGCCGAAGUACGGAACUGAAAUCAAAUCCAAAAAUAAAAAUACAGUAAUAACAAGACAUGAUCUUCUAAUUGCGUACGAAAGAGAGCAAAGGGCCUCGCUGGAUAGAAGUAACUCGAUUAGAAAUGUUCAAUUACAAGACAAAAGGUUGGAAAAGCGGACCAAAAGAAACAUUUAG